AUCAAAUUUUAAAAAGUGGAGAUCCCUAGUAAUUUCCUUCGAUUCCUUAACCUAACAUUUAUCCACGUUAUAAAUAACAUAAAACAAAUCUCUGCGGAACAAGUCAACUCUUUCCUUCUACAUCUCCUCUUCAAACGUUUCAUACAAAUUUCAGAUCCCGAGUUAAUGAACUAGAAAACUCUUUAUUAAUCCGAAAGCCCAAAAACAAAAGAAAAAAGAAAAGAUUCCAAAGCAGAUCUCUUCUAAUUCAUUUGCCAGCAGUUGGGCUCGACAAUGGCGGAAUCUAACUCUGAGUCUGACUUCUUGAAGAAAUUCUACAUCCCUACAUAUAUAUUCAUUGAUGAAACAAAAAUCUCUGAUGUUCCUGAUGCUCCUAAAUUUCCAGUGCUAGUGUUUAUCAACUCCAAAAGUGGAGGUCAGUUAGGUGGGGAUCUUCUUAAAACAUAUAAAACUGUCCUCAAUGAACAUCAGGUUUUUGAUUUGGGGGAAGAGGCUCCUGAUAAGGUGCUUCGUAGAGUUUAUAUCAGACUAGAAAAGCUGAAACAAGAAAACGAUGAAUUUGCCACAAAGAUUCAUGAGAGCUUAAGAAUAAUUGUUGCUGGUGGUGAUGGGACAGCUGGCUGGCUUCUGGGGGUCAUUUGUGAUCUUAAAUUGCAGCAUCCACCUCCAAUUGCUACAGUUCCUUUGGGAACUGGAAACAAUCUGCCAUUUUCAUUUGGCUGGGGAAAGAAGAAUCCUGGGACUGAUCGUAAUUCUGUGGUGUCAUUCUUGGAACAAGUAAUGAAUGCAAAGGAAAUGAAAAUAGACAAUUGGCAUAUUCUCAUGAGGAUGAGAGCUCCAAAGGAAGGUCCCUGUGAUCCUAUUCCACCUCUUGAGCUACCACAUUCUUUACAUGCAUUCGGUCGUGUCUCAUCAACAGAUGAACUGAACAUGGAAGGUUACCACACAUUUCGUGGGGGGUUCUGGAAUUACUUCAGCAUGGGAAUGGAUGCUCAAGUAUCUUAUGCUUUUCACUCUGAGCGAAAGCUGCAUCCAGAAAAAUUUAAAAACCAGUUGGUUAAUCAGAGCACCUAUGCAAAGCUUGGUUGUACACAAGGGUGGUUUGCCGCUUCUAUUUUUCAUCCUUCUUCAAGGAAUGUUGCUCAGCUUGCGAAAGUAAAAAUCAUGAAAAGGCAGGGUCAAUGGCGGGACCUCCACAUACCACACAGCAUAAGGUCAAUCGUGUGUCUCAACUUGCCCAGCUUUUCUGGUGGUCUAAAUCCUUGGGGAACACCAAGUGGCAGAAAACUGCGAGAUAGAGACUUCACUCCACCUUAUGUAGAUGAUGGCCUUCUGGAAGUUGUUGGUUUUCGAGAUGCUUGGCAUGGGCUUGUGUUGCUGGCUCCAAAUGGACAUGGAACUCGUCUGGCACAGGCACACCGAAUCCGCUUUGAGUUUCACAAAGGUGCUGCUGACUAUACAUAUAUGAGGAUUGAUGGGGAACCCUGGAAGCAACCACUGCCUAAAGAUGAUGAUACUGUUGUGGUUGAAAUUUCUCACCUUGGACAAGUGAACAUGCUUGCAACCCACAAUUGCCGGUCCAAAAGUGUCCAUGAUCCCUCAUCAACUAGUCAUCACAAGGGCGAGGAAAAUGGUAAUGAUGAAGAAGAAGACUCCAGAAAUGAAGCGGACGGUUUUGGGAAAUUUGGGGCAGCAGACACGUUCAAGAUCCCAGAUGAGGUUGAUAUUUCUCAACUUAGUUAAAAACAUUUAAUAUUUCAUUUGUCGCGGUCAUCUACUUAUCCUGGGGUUCAGUCUUAAUUUGAGUUCAAUAGUGCUGUAAAGGUUGCCAUUCAUAUUUAAAUUGUUGUUCAUCUUAAUGAAAUGAAGCCGUUAUCCAGGG